UCUUUACUGCACAUUUCAGCAAACCAGACUGCAAUUUUUAGAGAUUAGACAAAAUGAAAUUCUUCGUUCUGUUUUUGUCUGUUUCUUUUGCUGCAGUUGAAGCCCAAUAUCAGCCAUACUAUGAAGACAGUUUGUAUCAAUAUGCAAACUAUCCGAUUUCUGAUGGCCGGACCCCAAACUUAGGUUUUGACCAUCGUCUUUAUUUACGUACGUCAACUACUACAGCCACAACCACCACGACCACUACUUGCACGGUUUCGACUGGCGUUGCUUGUGUUGGUGGUCGCCGCAGAAGAUUUUUGGAAGAAGAUGAUUCCAUCGAACCUUCUCCAGUUGACAAGGUUGAAAUUACGCCGCUUGUCGAAAUGGAGUCGGCUCCCAAGAUAACGCGUAAAGCGGAACCGCAAUAUGCAUUUUGGCGUGGAGGUUUCGAACAUCCUCCAUCUCCGUACGAAAUCCGGUCAACAUUCGGCCAAAGUUUGAAUUACCCUACGAAUUAUAAUCCUUACUUACGCCAACCGAUUAUUGUCGCCGAUACUCGCUUUCUGCUUAAUUAUUAUGCCUUCACGACAACAACGACUUCUACGGCGACUACCACUUUCAGAUCAACACCAAUCUGUUCAGCAACAAGUGGAUUCCAGCCGUGUUAAUCGAUAAAGUGCGGCUGGAUGACGGUCAUGUUGAACGUGAAAAUAUUUUUCUCUGAACGUGUAUUUCCUUUAUAUUAUUGGCAAUGUUACAUUUGAGGAGAUAAAGUGAUGGUAUUAAUAAUAUUAACUUUUUCAUGAGGAGGAAAUGGAUAACGGUUUGCUGUUCUUUGAGAUUGUUUGGAAAUACACGUACCAAAAUAA